CGAACGGAAGACGGCCAUGUUGUUGUCGCUGAGAACAACCCCGAGUAAUGUUGACAUUAGUCCCAUUCAUUUAGAGAGAGGGUGUCUGGGGUCACGGGGACCCAUACAACAAUAUGGCAGUGUAUUUGUGUUGUUUUCGUCAGCUGUGUGGGUCGUCGCCCCAUGCCAGUGUGCCCGUGAGAACCACUCCGACGGUCAUACUCGACACGGGGUAUAUGGGUCAUGAAGUCGUUAUUGUGAAGAAUGGCAUUCGUAUCUGUGGAACAGGAGGUGCCCUUGGUAACAUUCCCAUUUUACAGAAUAAAGCCUACUUUGAAGUGAAACUUCAGCAGUCAGGUAUUUGGGGCGUUGGUAUUGCAACCAGGAAUACCAAUUUAAACAAGGUUCCGUUGGGAGAGGAUGCACAUUCGUGGGUCUUGUGCUCUGAUGGCAGCGUUCGACAUAAUGGGGAGGAGAAAUACAAAAUCCCAAAUAUUCCACAGGAAGGAGACAUAUUGGGUGUAAGCUAUGACCAUGUGGAACUUAACUUCUACAUUAAUGGAAAACCCACAAAUACUCCAGUCACAAGCUUUAAAGGAACAGUUUAUCCAGUUUUAUAUGUGGAUGAUGGCGCAAUUAUGGAUGUUAUAUUCGACAAUUUCAACCAUGGGCCUCCCUCCGGCUACGACUCCAUUAUGGUUGAGAAAUCUCUACUAGAAAACGAUUAGGUUCAUUAUGGAAUUACAACCCCCCCCCCUCCAUCAUGUCUUCGAAUUUGUUUCUAAUGAAUAUCUACUGUAUGUACUAAGUAUAACAGAAACCCAUUUUAUAAGGGAGUAGGGUAAUCUGGAAAGUUUUAUAUGUAGAGGUAUUUAUUAAUCAAUUGCCGCUCUGCAUUUCGUUUGUUUCUACAAUAACCAAGCUAACUGGAACUGUGUGCUCCAUGUUUUACAGCUUCUCAAUUGCUGUGUUAAGUGUAUUAUAUAAGCUUUAAAACUGACUGGUUGUAAUCUUGAUUUUACAAAGGUAUAAUUUCGUUUGAUUUGGUUAUGCUGUCUGGUGGGUUUUUGUGGAAUUUGGUCACAUUGCAUUAUCACAAAGAUGAUUCAUUUAUGAUAUCAGGGCAUCUUUCCAUAUCUAGAAGUGCAGUGAGUUUACACAAAUAAGUUUAUAUAUUAUGAAUAUAUAAAUGUACAUAAUAUAUAUUAGCGUACUUGUGUAGAAUAUACAUUUAUAUAUAACUUAUUAGCAAGGAGAGAGGGAGAGAUUUAACAGUAGACUCGAGUGUGUUACAUAUAACAGAAGGGAAAGUAAAGCAAUCAAAUGCAUUGCACAUGUGUUUAAGGAUUUUUUAUUGUAUUUGAUUUGGCUACUUGAGUACUAUAUAUUUAUCCAGUAAAUAAUUAACCAACUUCCAGGGAUGAACAGUAAUAUUUUCCAGUCUCUGAGCCACUACAGCAUCAUUAUUUUGUGCAUUGAUACCAGUGAAAACAAAAUGGAAAGAAUGAAUGAGUAUCAGAAGCUGCUUCUGCAUGGCUCCCAUUUCACGCAAGUUAGUUAUAUGUCACCAGUGUACAGUACAGCAUAUUGUUACUGAAGUACUUGUAUGAUUUUGAGAUAGCUACGUGUGAUAAAUUGCAGAUGAAUAAGAGGGAUUGUUUUGUAGCUUCAAACCUAUUACUUGUAGGUGGUGCCAGAUCCAGUAUGCCAAAUUUGACUGAGCUUGUGGUUUGGUGGAAAUGUGCAAUGACUUAAAACUGAAUAAAAUGUUCUAUGGAUAACAAGUAUAGCAGCCUUGAAUGUCUGGUAUGUAAAUGCUGAACCUAGUACCUUCAAACAUAUCUUUUCCUUGUUCUUAAUAUAGUUAUUCACAAGAAACCUGUUAUUUUAUGGAUUUAAAGCUACUCAUUAAACAUAAAUAUAGUGUGUGUUUCUGAGGUCAGAGCUGUUAAAAAUUGUAUUUGUACUUGGUGCAGGAACAGGUGAAUAUAAAAUCGAACUAACAACCCCAAUUACAUGUGAAUUCCAUGUCAUAUUGAUUUGCUUGAAGUUAAGUUUCAGUAUGUAUAACCUAUGCCUCAUAUGUGCAGUGUGAAUUUGUAACCAAUACAAUCAAAGAAAACCACUUUACGUAUUCUGGACUGUCACAAGGUAGUGGUCUAACAAUCUGUUGCAGGUGAUGUAUGUUAUUGAAAUAUUACAAAGUCCAUAUCUGAAACCAAAGGUAUCCAUUGUAAGUAAAGGAAGGUUUGGUAAUUUGAAUAAGUUAUAUGACAAAAGAAUGUUAAAACUUCCUAAAUUUUAAAUGUAUUAGUGUAUGAUGUGCUGGAUUUACAGUGAAUUUAUUUUUUAUUUGAUGUGUAUGAACAUAUAACCCUUUCUUCCUGAAGUCAAAUCCAAUUUUGUUCUGCCCAUGUUGGGAUAUGAAAUCACCCCUCUGUCACAAAUUGUAGUGUUCAACCUGGCUGAUUAACCCAAGAUCAGACACACAUAUAGUUGGGGAAGUUCAUAUCAUGUGAGUUUGUACCGUUUUGAUGUUAGAAUAUCUGUAUUGAUUACUAUACUUUGGCAAUAUA